AUGCGGGCAUUCGCGUUCGCGGCGCUCCCCCGCGGCGUGGAGGCCGUCCUCGUCACCUCCGGCCAGCUCCGCCGCCUCGACCCACACCUCCAGGCGCCCCCGCUGCUCCUCGCCAACACCCUCAUCUCCGCCUUCUCCGGCGCCUCCCUCCCGCGCCUCGCCCUCCCGCUCCUCCGCCACCUCCUCUCCUGCGCCCGCCCGCUCCGCCCCGACGCCUUCACCUUCCCUCCCCUCGUCCGCGCCUCCGCGGGCCCGGCAUCCGCCGCGCAGCUCCACGCCUGCGCGCUCCGUCUCGGCCUCGUCCCCACCAGCGUCUUCGUCUCGGGCGCCCUCGUUCACGCCUACCUCCGCUUCGGCAGCGUCCGCGAGGCCUACCGGGCAUUCGACGAAAUGCCCGACCGUGACGUGGCCGCCUGGAACGCCAUGGUGUCCGGGCUCUGCCGCAACGCGCGCGCGGGAGAGGCGGUGGGCCUGUUCGGGAGGAUGGUCGGGGAGGGCGUCGCAGGGGACGCGGUGACGGUCUCCAGCGUUCUGCCCAUGUGCGCCCUGCUUGGGGACCGGGCGCUUGCGCUGGUCAUGCACUUGUAUGCGGUGAAGCACGGACUGGAUGACGAACUGUUCGUCUGCAAUGCCAUGAUCGAUGUUUACGGGAAGCUGGGGAUACUGGAGGAGGCACGGAAAGUGUUUGAUGGAAUGACAUCGCGGGAUUUGGUGACGUGGAAUUCAAUCAUUUCAGGGCAUGAGCAGGGUGGGCAGGUUGCUUCUGCUGUCGAGAUGUUCCAUGGCAUGAGGGACAGUGAGGUUUCCCCAGAUGUGCUAACGCUUGUGAGCCUGGCAUCCGCUAUUGCUCAAUGUGGGGAUAAGUGUGGUGGGAGAUCAGUGCAUUGUUAUAUGAUAAGGCGGGGGUGGGAUGUGGGUGACAUAAUUGCAGGAAAUGCUAUAGUUGAUAUGUACGCCAAGCUAUCAGAGAUCGAGGCUGCCCAGAGGAUGUUUGACAGCAUGCCAGUUCGAGAUGCUGUGUCCUGGAACACGCUGAUCACAGGAUACAUGCAAAAUGGACUUUCCAGUGAUGCAAUCCAUGCAUACAACCAUAUGCAGAAGCACGAGGGUCUGAAGCCGAUUCAAGGAACCUUUGUGAGUGUUUUACCUGCAUACUCACAUCUUGGUGCCUUGCAGCAGGGCACCCGAAUGCAUGCGCUGUCUGUUAAGACUGGAUUAAACCUGGAUUUAUAUGUUGGUACUUGUCUGAUAGACUUAUAUGCUAAAUGUGGGAAAUUGGAUGAGGCUAUGCUUUUGUUUGAACAAAUGGCUAGGAGGAGUACAGGCCCCUGGAAUGCUGUUAUAGCUGGCCUUGGAGUUCAUGGACAUGGUGCAAAGGCCCUCAGUCUCUUCUCACAAAUGCAGCAGGAAGGAAUCAGUCCUGAUCAUGUCACGUUUGUCUCACUAUUGGCUGCUUGUAGUCAUGCUGGCUUAGUUGACCAAGGUCGGGAUUUCUUCAAUAUGAUGCAAACUUCCUAUGGUAUUAUGCCAGUUGCAAAACACUAUGCAUGCAUGGUAGACAUGCUUGGAAGAUCUGGUCAAUUGGAUGAUGCUUUUGAGUUCAUUCAAAACAUGCCAAUUAAACCUGAUUCUGCUAUUUGGGGCGCUCUACUUGGUGCUUGCAGGAUUCAUGGGAAUGUUGAAAUGGGAAAAGUGGCUUCACAAAACCUGACUGAACUUGAUCCAGAGAAUGUUGGAUAUUAUGUUCUAAUGUCUAAUAUGUAUGCUAAGGCUGGGAAGUGGGAUGGAGUUGAUGAAGUAAGAUCUUUGGUCAGACGUCAGAAUUUGCAAAAAACCCCUGGAUGGAGUUCAAUUGAGGUGAAAAGAUCAGUGAAUGUAUUUUACAGUGGCAAUCAGAUGGACCCCCACCCUCAACAUGAAGAGAUCCAGAGAGAGCUACAUGAUCUGUUGGCCAAGAUGAGAAGCCUAGGUUAUGUUCCUGACUCAAGUUUUGUCUUACAGGAUGUCGAGGAUGAUGAGAAGGAACAGAUAUUGAAUAGUCAUAGCGAGAGAUUGGCUAUAGCCUUCGGCAUUAUAAAUACUCCUCCAGGAACUCCACUUCAUAUAUACAAGAAUUUGCGGGUGUGUGGUGAUUGCCACAAUGCCACAAAAUUUAUAUCAAAAAUAACUGAGAGGGAGAUCAUUGUCCGGGAUUCAAAUCGGUUCCACCACUUUAAAGAUGGUUACUGUUCAUGUGGGGAUUUUUGGUAAAAUUGAAUAUUUUUUCUGCGCUUUUCUUUUUGGCUUUCUAGCUGAGUUGAUCUAGUCAGCAGGUGUGAUGCUUUCACUUGUUGUGUUAGUGGGAUUUAGGAAUGGAUUGAAAACACUGUGUCAAAAGGUAGAUAUAAUUUUUUAGUUCUUUACCUAGACAGAACUCUUUUCUUUGAAAUGCCGGUAUUUAAUGUUCAACAGGAAAACUUUGUUGUCAGUUCAGUGAUGAGUUUGAAUGAUAAAGUAUGCCAUAGAAUUAUCAGGCCUGGUUUGGUACUGACUCACUUUAUUGUAUUGAACAUGAGAAAUUAGCUUUUUGUAUAAUGAGUUUCAAUAAUGAAA